ACCAUAAGACUGGAUGGGCAAGGUCAUGGCAAUGAGGGCAAGUUCACCCCCAUGGGGAGAGACCCAUCCAAAAUGUGUGUGCACAUCUGCAGAAAUGAUCCGUGGAUAGAUCGGAUACCUGCGAAUAUAAAACAGAUACCUGCGCAUUUGUAUCUGCAUCCAUAUCCGCAAAAAUGAUCUGUGGAUAUCUUCAGAUUUGCAGGGCUCUACUCGUUCAUGCCAUUCCCAGAUGUACUGGAAUGGCCUGUAUCCUAGGAGCAUGUGAGUGGACACUCUAGGAGCUAUUCUGCACUAGCUGUCCAUGUGGAUACUCAUAUUUUGAACUGAAAGCACUUUUUUGUGGCUAAGGCUAAUCCACUUCUAAUACCAAUAGCUCAAUGUUCAUAUGCAGGCCCAUAUGCAGGAAUUUCUGUGGGGGGUGUGUGCUUUUUUUUUGUAAAUGUGGACCACACGGGUGUGAAUGCACCCCCCAUGGUCCCCCAUGAAAGUGUGGAAAUUAGCUCCACUCUUCCCCCAGCAGGUCAGAGCAUGGGGGAGGGCAGCUCUGGCAGAGCACUGCUCCUGCCUUCCCCUAGCAGGCCGAAGCAUGCUUACUUAGUGGACCAUGGGGGUGCUUUCACACCCUUUGCCCCCCCUACGGACAGGCUUGAUAGGAGUUUGAUGUUGCAGGGGAGUAGAGCCACAAAGCUGCAUUGAUUUAACUUGAGUUGUUCUGCUUUGUCCUGUUGAACUUGUGUGUAAUGUUAAGCAUGCAUGUAAGAUCGCUGCAACAUCUGGCCCUAAACGAUUUUUCCUUAGUUUUGAGGUUUUGUGACAGAUUUUAAAAUGGGGCCAUCAUUGCUCAGAGGUUUGUCAAACUUUUGACAGACCUGAGCCCCAGACUCCAUGCAGGCAACAGGAGCUGAAAAACCCCUAACAAAUGCUUACAAGAGAUAUUACAAGAGCCCACUCAACUCUUAGUGGAAAACAGCCUAAGCACUAGUUUUACAAACUUCCACGGGUUAUAUGGGACCUAAACUACAGACACAUACAUGUCCCUUGUUGGUGGGGAGAGUAGUAAGCUCUGUGGUUAAUCACCUCAAGCCUUGUGAAAUUGUUUGUUGAUUUUCAGCUAAAAGAUAUCGCCACUUUAUAAUUUUGUGUUUGGUUUUCUAUAAAAUCUGAUGUAGCUGCACAAGACAGGUGUAUGCCAUACUGCAAAUAUUUUUGAGUGACACACUUGAUCUUACAAUAUCAUCUACAGAAGUAUGGAAGGUCAAGUAAUAGAAAUUAUCCUUGUCACUGAUUUCAGGAUGGAAAACAAUCAUUCAGUACAGAUUUCUUUUUUCUUUGGUCAUAAGAUACAUUCACUCUGCUGUAAAAGUAAAUGCUGAUAAUGAUUAACAUCAAACUGGAAAUCAGUGGCAUUUCAAAUAACCUGACAGGUUAGCCUCUGUGUCAAUGACAUGCUUUAAAGGAGAGAAAUAUAUUGUAACCUAGAUUUCAAAGGUCACUGUAAUACUCCCCUAAGCAUUUUCAAAGCCAGGAUUUAUGUGCCAGUACAUCAGCAAUAUGGAUGGUUUCAAGGUUUGGUCUGUUCUGCAGCUGAUUAUAGUUUAUAAUCUCUGCCAAAGAUGUAUGCCGUGUGGUCUCUCAACACAUAUUGAAAUAGCACACAGAGCUGUGGAAUUUUUCAGUGAACACAAAGGGAAUGUUAACUAUAGAAAGUUGUUACUAAAUCACCAGGAUGCAUUUCAGGCUGGGAGCCUUUAUCCUGAUGCCUUUUAUCCUUCUGUCUGCAGGAAUGGCAGAUUCCAUCAUGUUUCUGAAGAUACUCACUGGGCACCAUUUCUUACCGCUUCUGUCCAUUACAUCAGAAAGAAUUACCCUCAGCCUUGGGAGGAGGCUACAGAGAAACUAGUGGCUUUCCUCUUUGGAAUUGCCUCACAUAUGGUGGCAGAUGUGAGCUGGCAUAGCUUGGGCAUUGAUCAAGGAUUUCUAAGAACCAUGGCAGCCAUUGAUUUCCAUGGCUCAUACUCAGAAGCUCAUAGUACUGGGGAUUUUGGAGGUGACGUAUUGAGCCAGUUUGAGCUUGAUUUUAGUUACCUGAAAACAGAUUGGUAUGUACCAGUCAAAGACCUGCUAGCUAUCUAUAAGGAAUAUUAUGGCCAGGAAGUCAUAACUGAAGGCACAAUUAUUGACUGCACUUACCUGCUGUUUCUUGAAUUGUAUGGAGAAAUUCUUGCUGUUGCCAAGCUUUUUCCAACAUAUGCUAACAAGUCUCCGUUUUUGGUGGAGCGAUUCCAUGAGUAUUUUCUUGGAGGAGUGGAUGACAUGGCAUUUUGGUCAAAUAAUAUUUUUCAGCUAGUAGGCAACAUGUUGGAAAAUGGAACCAGUGGCUGCUUCAUACCUGAGAACCCUCUGUUCAUAGAGUGCAAUGGAGAACAUAAGAACAGUGACAUAAUUAAACAAUCCAAAAAGGAACAGCAUAAGAACGUGACUUCUUCGCUUACAAAGACAAUUGAAAAGAAUAUAAACUAUACAGAGAAAGGUGUUUAUUUCAAUAUGCAAUCCUUGGCAACGAAGUCUCUUCGCUUUAUCAACAGUGCUUUUUCAAAGAAUAUCAGGAAAAUGUUAGCAGUUGCUUAUCAGCAACCUUCUAACCACAUCUCCAAACCCACAGCCUCGUACUUUCUGAAAUCACCCUAUGCCAGACUUGGAUGGGCAAUGACCUCAGGUGACUUAAACCAAGAUGGUUCUGAGGAUCUAGUGGUUGGAGCACCAGGAUACAGCAGAUUGGGCCAUGUUCAGAUAGGAAGGGUGUACAUAGUCUACAGUAAUCUAUCAGGUUUGCCUCCAGUAAACAUGGAUCUAGACAAGGAAGCGGAUCAAGUACUGGAGGGUUGUCAGCCUUCAGGCAGGUUUGGUUCUGCCAUAGCAAUACUGGACUUCAAUGCAGAUGGAGUACCAGACAUAGCGGUCGGAGCACCUUCGGAAGGAUCAAGGGAUCUCACUUAUACAGGUGCUGUGUAUGUAUAUUUGGGCACUGCAGGAAGAGGCCUGUCAUCUUGGCCAAACAUUACCAUAACUUGCCAGCACACAUUCUGUAACCUUGGCUGGUCACUGCUGGCUGCUGAUAUUAAUGGGGAUGGAAAGUCUGAUCUGGUUGCCGGUUCUCCAUAUGCACCUGGCGGUGGAAAGCAGAGAGGAUUUGUAGUUGCAUUUUAUUCACACUUUAGCUGGAGUGACAAAGGGCUGAUAUCAGUAGAGGAUGCCAAUUGGAUGGUGAAGGGGGAAAAGAACCAUGCCUGGUUUGGAUAUUCACUUGCCAGCCAUCAACUAGAGAACAAAACCUUGCUGUUGAUUGGCAGCCCUACCUGGAAGAGAUGUCUUGGUCUGGGUAGCUGCAUCUCAUUGAAUACCAAACAGAGUGUUGGAAAGGUGUAUGGAUACAAUCCACCAAGCACACACAGCUGGUUUGCUGUAACUGGAGCCAUGGCGAGGGGCAAACUGGGUUCGUCACUGGCCAGUGGCUUUGUGUCUGUGGCUGGAAUCCCAAGAGAAGUGUUGGUGGUGGGUGCACCUACGUCUGACAGCACAUCCAGGAUUGCAUUCAUAUCCUCAGUUCUGCACCAAGCUGGAAAUGUUCUGAUGUAUGACUUGACGCAUGGUGCCAACCCUUCUUUGCUCAGUACUUUCAGUGGGGACAGGAGGUUCUCUCGCUUUGGAGGAGAUGUGCACUUAAGUGACCUGAACAAUGAUGGACUAGAUGAAAUUAUUGUGACAUCUCCUCUGCGAAUGGAAGACAUCACAUCUGUACUAUUUGGAGGGGAGGCUGGACGUGUUUACAUCUAUAAUGGAAACGAGACUACCUUAGGUCAUGUGACAGACAACUGCAAAUCAUGGAUUUCUCCUUGUCCUGAAGACUGGGAAGGAUCAAGAUUUGGGAGCGCUAUCGUCACUGUGAAAUCUCAAGGAAAGAGAGAAGUUGUAGUAGCGGCUGAGAGAAGUUCGGUGAAAGCUAGACUUAGCGGAAGGCUUUUUAUGUAUACCCUUUAACGUUCUUUGCUGGGUUUGGGUACAAGUCUGUUUUCUGUGGUGGACCCCUCCUCCCAAUAUCUAUGUUGUUCUCCCUCACUCCUACCUGUGCCAUGCUAACAAACUAGAUGCUCAAACAGGAUGUAGCUA